AGAAAUACCCUGGAAAAACUCCCUGGCGCAUUCCCGCCUAGAACCUAUUAACACAAAUGUCAUCAUCCUCCAACUACUACGCUUCUUUACUCAAACUCUGCUGUGAAUCCCAGAACCAAACCCAAGCCAAGAAGCUCCAUUGCCUCAUACUCAAAACCAUUAAACAACCUGAAACCUUUUUAUCAAACAAUCUCAUCACUACCUACUAUAAACUAGGCAAUUCAGCAUAUGCCCACCACGUGUUCGAUCAUAUUCCUCAACCAAAUCUCUUCUCAUGGAACACAAUCCUCUCCGUUUAUUCAAAACUAGGCCGUCUUUCUCAGAUGCAACAAAUCUUUAAUCUAAUGCCAUUUCGAGACGGUGUCUCUUGGAAUUUGGCUAUUUCGGGUUAUGCUAAUUAUGGCUCUUGUAGUGAUGCGGUUAGAGUUUAUAAGUUGAUGUUGAAGGAUGCAGCCAUAAAUUUGAAUCGGAUUACAUUUUCAACAAUGCUUAUAUUGUGUUCAAAAUUUCGGUGUGUAGAUUUGGGUAGGCAAAUUAAUGGGCAAAUACUGAAAUUUGGUUUUGGGUCUGAUGUAUUUGUGGGUAGUCCUUUGGUGGACAUGUAUACGAAAUUGGGGUUGAUCUAUGAUGCAAAGAGGUACUUUGAUGAAAUGCCGGAGAGGAAUGUAGUUAUGUGUAAUACAAUGAUCACUGGGCUUAUGCGGUGUGGGAUGAUUGAAGAGUCUCAGCGUUUGUUUUGUGGCCUAAAAGAGAGAGAUUCGAUUUCUUGGACGAUCAUGAUUACAGGGCUAAUGCAGAAUGGGUUGGAGAGAGAAGCAGUUGAUAUGUUCAGAGAGAUGCGAUUGGCAGGGUUUGCAAUGGAUCAGUUUACAUUUGGAAGCAUCUUGACUGCUUGUGGGAGUCUUUUGGCCUUAGGAGAAGGGAAACAGAUUCAUGCUUAUGUAAUAAGGACUGACCAUAAGGAUAAUGUGUUUGUGGGAAGUGCUCUUGUUGACAUGUAUUCCAAGUGUAGAAGCAUAAAAUCUGCAGAAACAGUAUUCAAGAGAAUGCCCCAAAAGAAUGUCAUUUCAUGGACUGCGAUGCUGGUGGGUUAUGGCCAGAAUGGUUUCAGUGAAGAAGCUGUUAAAAUUUUCUUUGAGAUGCAGAGAAAUGGGGUUGAGCCAGAUGAUUUUACUCUAGGAAGUGUUAUUAGCUCAUGUGCUAAUCUGGCAAGCUUAGAAGAGGGUGCCCAAUUUCAUUGUCGAGCCUUGGUUUCUGGCUUGAUUUCUUUUAUUACCGUAUCUAAUGCGCUUAUUACCUUGUAUGGUAAAUGUGGAAGCACAGAAAAUUCCCAUCGGUUGUUUACUGAAAUGAACAUCAGAGAUGAAGUUUCUUGGACUGCAUUGCUUGCAGGGUAUGCCCAGUUUGGGAAAGCCAAUGAGACGAUUGGUUUGUUUGAAAGAAUGUUGGCCCAUGGCUUGAAACCAGAUGGAGUAACAUUUAUUGGGGUCCUUUCAGCUUGCAGUAGGGCAGGACUAGUGGAGAAAGGACUUCAGUAUUUUGAAUCAAUGAUAAAAGAACAUGGUAUUAUGCCAAUUGCUGAUCACUACACUUGCAUCAUUGAUCUGCUUGGCCGAGCUGGAAGGUUGGAAGAAGCAAGAAAUUUUAUAAAUAAUAUGCCUUGCCAUCCUGAUGUGGUUGUUUGGGCUACCUUGCUGAGCUCAUGUAGAGUUCAUGGUGACAUGGAAAUUGGGAAAUGGGCAGCUGAUUCUCUAAUUGCAUUAGAGCCUCAGAACCCUGCAAGCUAUGUCUUGCUUUCAAGUCUCUAUGCUUCCAAAGGGAAGUGGGACAAAGUGGCUCAGUUAAGAAGAGGAAUGAGAGAUAAGCGAGUAAGAAAGGAACCGGGAUAUAGUUGGAUUAAAUAUAAAGGCAAAGUGCAUGUUUUCUCAGCUGAUGACCAGUCAAGUCCGUUUUUAGGUCAGAUAUAUGCUGAGUUGGAAAAACUGAAUUAUAAAAUGAUAGAAGAGGGAUAUGUUCCUGAUAUGAGUUCUAUUCUUCAUGAUGUUGAGGAAUCUGAGAAGAUAAAAAUGCUUAACCACCAUAGCGAAAAACUUGCUAUUGCUUUUGGGUUGAUUUUUGUUCCUCCUGGCCUGCCCAUACGGGUAAUUAAGAACCUGAGAGUCUGUGGUGAUUGCCACAAUGCAACUAAAUUCAUUUCCAAGAUAACACAGAGAGAGAUACUUGUAAGGGAUGCAGUUCGUUUCCAUUUGUUUAAAGAUGGGACAUGUUCAUGUGGGGAUUUUUGGUGAUAGGGUUCUCCUAGCAUUUGCGUAGAAUAUUAAAACCUUCAAAAUUUUCAGGUGAGUUACUGAAACACAGGGCAGAGCAUCAGAAACUGAAUAGGUCUCUUCAUUAAAGCAACCUGUUAAUCUUCCAUGAAGGCAGGGAUAAAUUCAUUCACAAUGGUUCUAGAUAAACAUUUUUAUGAGAUGAAAACCAAUCCGGGUUUUUUUCUCCAGGAAAUCUGCCAAUUAUCUUGUUAGAUACAUCCUAAGAAAGAGCAGCAUGGUAAAACAGAGAAUUUGAGAGCAGACUAAUGCAAAUUUUAGCAAAGUAUGGCAGUACUUCAUCUGGUGAGAGAACUUCAGUGUUUGGUGGACUACUGCAUGAUGAGCAAACAGGUGACAUUUAUUGAUCAGAACUCUAAGAUAUCAUCUGGAGGUCUCAAAAAGAUUGAAAGAUUGACUAUAGAAUAUAGGGAAGUGGUCAUGAGGAUAUAGAGAACGAUAGGGUACAGAAUCAUAUUACUUUAUUAGAGAGGUUUCCUCAUCUUGUAACUUAAGUUGAUGUACAACUUCUUUUGUUUAUUGAUCAAAUGAGAAACAAAAAUGAUAAUUUUGAUG